UGUUUCAACAAAGAGACACCGGUAUUGUCUGAAAUAUAGGCAAUCUAGGAAGAGUGGAACAGUCUAAAAUGAUGGAACUUCGUGUUCUUGUUUUGAUGCUAGUAGUGGCUUUCUUGUAUCCAACAUGCGUUGAGUCAAGGGUUCGUAACUACAAAUUCAGUGUGGUAAGGAAAAACACGACCGCGCUAUGUGCAAGUAAGCCAAUAAUCGUGGUAAAUGGGAAGUUUCCAGGUCCUACUCUCUAUGCAAGGGAAGACGAUAUCGUGAUUGUGAGGGUCGUUAACCAUGUCAAAGACAACGUUACAAUCCACUGGCAUGGAGUCAGACAACUCAGGACCGGUUGGUCUGAUGGACCAGCAUAUAUCACACAAUGCCCGAUUCAGACAGGGCAGAGCUAUAUUUACAACUUUACCCUCACGGGGCAGAGAGGCACACUUCUUUGGCAUGCACAUAUAAACUGGCAACGAGCAACAGUACAUGGCGCCAUCGUCAUUUUACCCAAGCGCGGUGUUCCUUAUCCGUUUCCCAAACCGGAUAAGGAAGAAAUAAUCAUUUUCGGAGAGUGGUGGAAAUCAGAUGUGGAAGCAGUGAUCAACCAGGCGAUGAAAUUAGGCCAGCCGCCUAACGUAUCUGAUGCACACACAAUAAAUGGACUACCUGGACCUGCUCCAAAUUGCUCAUCUCAGGGCUACACUCUCCAAGUGGAAACCGGCAAGACAUACCUCCUCCGAAUAGUCAACGCAGCUGUUAAUGAGGAGCUCUUCUUCAAAAUAGCAGGGCACCAACUGACGAUCGUUGAAGUCGAUGCUUCCUACACGAAACCUUUCAAAACGGACACCAUAUUCAUCGGUCCAGGCCAAACAACAAACGCCCUCUUAACAGCAGACCAGAAAAUCGGCAACUAUCUAAUUGCCAUUUCCCCUUUUAUGGACACAAUAGUAGCCAUAGACAACCAAACUGCAAUGGGCACCUUACGUUACAAUGGGAUGUUAGCCGUCUCCUCCACCACCCUAACAGCCAUGCCCCCACAAAAUGCAACCCCGAUAACAACCAAAUUCAUGGACUCUCUAAGAAGCCUUAACUCAAAGGAGUACCCUGCCAACGUGCCACAAACUGUCGAUCAUUCACUUAUGUUUGCAAUAGGCGUCGCAGUGAAUCCGUGUGCAACAUGUGUGAAUGGGAGCCGAGUUAUGGCUGAUAUCAACAAUGUCAGCUUUGUGAUGCCUACUACAGCUAUCCUUCAAGCACAUUACUACAACAUAAGCGGAGUUUACACCGACGAUUUCCCUGCAAACCCCCCAAACCCUUACAAUUACACCGGCACGCCACCAACAAGUAUACAGACAAACAAUGGCACAAAGGUAUACAGAUUGGCUUAUAACUCCACAGUUCAGCUUGUGUUGCAGGGCACAUCAAUUAUAGCACCGGAGAGUCAUCCGACUCAUUUGCAUGGCUUCAAUUUCUACGUGGUGGGGAAAGGAUUGGGAAACUAUGAUCCCAAGAAUGAUCCAAAAAACUUCAAUCUUGUUGAUCCUGUUGAGAGGAACACAAUAAGCGUGCCGACUGCUGGAUGGACGGCAAUAAGAUUCAGAGCUGACAAUCCAGGGGUAUGGUUUAUGCAUUGCCAUUUGGAAGUGCACACAACAUGGGGGCUUAAGAUGGCAUUUUUGGUGGAAAAUGGGAAAGGCCCAAAUCAAUCAAUAUUACCUCCUCCGAAUGAUCUUCCAAAAUGCUGAACAACACCACAAA